AAGCUGUAUUCCACCACUGGUUCUUCCUGGUGCCGCUUCGACGCUCAGCUGGUGUAUUCGCUGGUAGUUGUGGCACAUGAUGACAACCAAGGUGGCUUCCGCGGCCCUACUGCUCCUGGCCUUAUGGGUGCUGACCUGCGCCUUCCUCUCCCACGCUCCCGACCUUCACCUGCACAGGUCUACCAGCACCCACGAUGACGCCCACAGCUACGAUGACCACCAAGCUCUCCAGACACAACUGAGAGCACUGCAGGAGACACAACAGAGAACGCUGGUGCUUCUCAAUAAGAUCUUGUGUGACGCCGAUAAUGUGCUGCCCUCUGGCGGGUUCUGCUUAGACAAGAGCCACCUCUUUGUUGGCGGGAACUACAUGUGGAGUGCCAAGCUGUGUGCGGGACUUGAAGCCCUCUUCGGGUACUCCACUGUCGCUGACCUCGGGGCGGGCCUUGGCCACUAUGGUAGGUGUUUCCUUCGCAUGACAGAGGGCAUACUGACCCACCCCAACCUGGGGGAGGUCGAGGUCAUCAACAACGCAUACAAGCACCACAUGCGUGAGGCCGGGCUUCUGGACGUCCCUCGGGUUAUCAAGUCAUGGAACGGAUGGGACGGAGCGGCAAACAUCGGUGAGUUCACCAACGGGAGGAUAGCGUCAGCGGACCUCUCCAGCCCCGCGACCCUCGGGGGUCCCUUCGACUGGGUGAUGAGCCUGGAGGUGGGAGAACACAUCCCAGAGUCCGGCGAGAAGAACUUCCUGGACAACCUGGUCAAGCACGCCUGCGUGGGAGUGGUGUUGUCGUGGGCGGUGCCGGGGCAAGGGGGACACUCCCACGUCAACUGCCGCUCCAACGAGUACGUCAGGAGGGAGAUGGCCGCCAGGGGACUGGAGUCGGAUAAGUUCGUUGAGGCGAGGCUGCGAGCCAUUGUCGACCUCCCUCACUUCAAGAAUACCAUAAUGGUUUUCAAGUUUCCUAGGAAGAGGUGUUAAGAUCAAUUUGUCUCUUACAACCAAUUCCAAUCAAUUGACCUCUUUCGUUAACCCCUUUCCAAUCCCAAGGAACCGAGGCCAGGUAAGCUGGGGAUGGAAGACUAGGGCGAGGAUGCAGAAAACUUAAGUAGGGAACAGGAUACAAGUUGGAGGUGGUAGUUACAACUCGGUUGCCCAACCACUGUGGAUUUUGAAUUACAAUGGUGCUAUAUGACGUUCUUCGUUGUACAUUUGCAUUUCAGGGCGUCGCCCAGGGGUUAGGAUUUUAUGCAGUUGGCAGUUGGCGAUAGAUGCUGGUUUUUGUCAGGGCUUUGUUUUUUUUUUGUCGUCGGUCUUCUAGCUUCAGAGUUCUGUCAUCUGGUGUUUUCCGUUAUGUUUACAUCGGCGGCUUUCUUGGUCUUCUUGGUCGUUUUACUUCUGGUAGAUAUGGCAGUGUUAUUAGUCAAGGUCGUGGGUGUGGCGUCCAGUAGGAAGUCUGCAGGUCUGAAGUUCCACUUGUGUCUGGAGGGGGAUGGUGCUCCGGCUGAGAUUUCUUCAUCUAACGAAUCGGAAGAGUCGAAAGCAGAGGUGUUGGAGGUGGUGGUCCUUGGAAGUUGAGUGGUGGCAGAACCUGCAGUUGAAAGAGGCGCUGCGGCCAGCUGUGCAGCUACAGGACUGGUGGGUGGAGCUGCAGGGGAUGUCAUCGUAUGUGAAGGCGUUGGUUCCAGCGCUGCUUCCUCCGCAGCGGCUGCUGGAGCGGGUAUGGCUGCAGUGGACCGUAGAUCUGUGAGUGCGGUAGUGCUCACAGUGAUGUCUGGGUCAGGGGCCUGGGUAGCCAACGUGGCUCGGGCACGGUGAAGGUUGGGAAGUCAUUUGCAGCCUGGAGUAUGUACACGAUCCUCACAUAUUCUCGGUAGUUGGGUCCAGCAUUCUUGUUUACCACUAUGGUAAGGGCAUAAAACACAAAUAACAUACAAAGAGGAGAAAAUGUUUGAAUUCACUUAAACAAAAGCAAUAUCUGUAAGGUUAGGUUAAGGGUUAUAUACAUUGCACAAAUAUGUCCAACACAAUUAACUAAAUAAAUAAACUACAUCUGAAAGGUUAGGUUUAGGACAAAGAAUAGGAACAAAUUAUAUCUAACGAAUAAACACACAAAGAUCUGAUAGAGGUUUGGUCAAAUGACAAAAUAUAUACAAUACACACAAUAAACACAAUAAAUACAACUUUAGAGACUUGAGGAAAUUUAAGUAAAAAUGUUCAAAGUGUUUAAAACACACCUCUAAGCAAUAUCUUUUGAAAAUUCUUAAACACACCAUUAUUAAUAAAUAUCCAUUGAAAUGAACAAACACCUUAAAUGAUGAGUGUUUGUUACAGACGCCAUUUAUUUAUUAAAUUAUGAGCAAAGUUUGUUACAGUGAGAGAUGAUUUCCUUGUCAAGUAUAACUUUCUAUAUAAUAUUCUAAACUAAAAUUACUCUUUGAAACAUCAUGUCUCAAAGUUUACAAGGAAAUCCAGUGCACAAGGAAAUCCUAAAGCGUAUCCUUUUUAUAUAAAUAUGCAUUAAAAAGUACAAUUGUUAAUUAAAAUUAUCUAGGAACGUAUUAAUGCUGUGUAAAAAAGUCUGAAAGAUUUUUUAAUGCACGAAGAUGUCUUAGAGAAUAUCCCUGAUGGCUCUGAGUGUAUCUUUCUUACAUAAAGAAGGCAUGGAGAGUGUCCUUUAAUCCAUGAAGGCAUCUUGGAGAAUAUGCUUGAUUUCUCUGAGAGUCUCCUUUGAUGCAGAACGUUAUCUUGGAGGUGAACAAAUCCACAAGAGCCGUGACGAGGGUGGUGGAUUUGUUCAUUUGAUGCAUCACGCUAUUGGGAUUUCUGUGUUAGUAUCUUGGAGGUGUUUUGGAGAAUAUCAUUGAUGGCUCGAAGAGUAUGCUUUAAUGCCUAAUGAUGUCUCAAAGAGUAAUUUUAGUUUAGAAUAUUAUAUAGAAGUUAUACUUGACAAUUUUAAUUUAUUACUGCAUGAAACGUAGUUUUGUUUAAGAACAGUGUUAGUAAAAGAUAUUAAGUUUGUAAAGAUAAAUGCAUUUACAGUUUUGAAAAUAAGUAUAUAAAUGAGUAACAUUUUGAAAAUAACACCCCCUCCCCGCUCAGCUCGUUGUCGCCGUCUGGGGGCU